CGGAACGUCGUUGCGUUGGAGAAGGAGGUGAAGAUGAUCGACUACCUUCACGAGUUUGUGAAGACACGCGUUGCAGACACUCUCAAUGCUUGCGAGUUUGCCCGCACUACCGGCGAACGAAACUGGGAUCCCAAACAUGACAUGUAUUGGAAAUUGUCGGGGAACAAAAGGACGGACGUUUGGGACUUCCUUUUCGGACCCGGACCGCCUGGUCCGACCGACCUCGAAUACAGUCGACAGAGAAACCUGGUGUUCGCUGUGCUCAAUGGGUACCACGGUGCACCCAGGGAGUCUGUCUCGCACUUCCUGAGAAGGCUGGAGCACGUUUACUUCACGCUGGCCAAACCGCUCACUUUGGAAAACUACAAGUCACAGUUUGACGAGGAGGACCCUUUCGACGCUGAAGAGAUGGAGGAGUUGAGCGACUCCAAAACCUUCGAUUUCGAGUCCAUGCCACUUCCUCGGGUGGUUGGACAGGUUGGUGAUGAAGAGGAAGGUGGCCCUCUGAGAUAUAGCACGUCCCCUGUCGGUUUGAAGCGUGUGUUUCGGGGCGAACCAGUCGACGACCAAUUGUCUGAUGACGGGGAGGAAGAGAGAGACUAUGAUCACGAACCUUGUGACAGGCUCCCUCUGGACCAUGACACCUGGCAGAAUGACAGACUCUACUUCUUCGGCAAGCAUCACCGGUUCACGGCGGAGGAUGUCUGGGGACACAACGUCGUCUGGCACCCAAGGAUAUUCCAACCUGUUGUGAGGAAUGGAAUAUGGGUCAUGGCAAUAAAGGAGGCCGAUGGCAAGUGGAGUGGACUGAAGAGACUGGGAGCAGGUGCAUUUAAGAGAAAGGCAAGAACUUCUCUGGUGGAGCAUUUGAGACUCAUGAACCCCGAGAGGAACGAUCCGGACGUCGAUGUGUAUGCACAACAAAAGCUACAUGAGUUGUACGCCAACAACAUGUUGGAGUUUCGAACGCCUUUCUACGCACUCGAAACGGCACCGUCUCGUGGCAUUGACUGGCGCAUGUCGCAACCUCCGCCAGCCGGUCAGCAUCCGGGAGGGGGUGGCGGAGGAGACGAAGGAGACGGCGGAGGUGGCGGAGGAGACGAAGGAGACGGCGGAGGUGGCGGAGGAGACGAAGGAGACGGCGGAGGUGGCGGAGGAGACGGCUCACAAUUUGCUGGAAAGGGGACGGGCGAGACAUCGUCGGUAGAGAAGGGGUCCGGCGGAAAGGGGUCGGGCGGAAAAGGGUCGGGCGGGAAGGGGUCGGGCGGGAAGGGGUCGGGCGGAACGCGUAGAACAUCCGGGAGUCCCCAGUAUAUGGAAACUGACCCCCACUGCGUAGGGAGUCGAGAUUCCGACAUGCGAGACGAGGUCACCCUGACGUCUGAUCAAAGUGCGAGUAGAUUCGCACUUGUUUGCGAGGAGUUUGUUUCCCGUUGCCCAGGAGAGUCCAUCCCGCCGUGCGCAGCAGAGGUCUCCUGUGCUCAACACCUUGCUCCUGAAAGAGGGCGCGUCUUUGUUUUGCCUUGAAGGCGGGAUGCCUGCAUUGCGA